CUGUGCUCAUGCAAUCCUUCCCCGUUCCUCUCACUCUGAGGCUACAGCUUCCAAAGCAACACGCUGCCCAUGGAAAAAGCUACUGGUUUAAGCAGUGAACGGUGUUUGUGAGGUAUAAUGAACCACCAUCUCUGUUUUUCCGUCCGUUAGACCCGAGAACGGCUCUACUUACAGUAGAGUCCAUGCAGCCUGAAAUUGCCUUACGUCCGGCUGAGCUCCCAGCAUGUCUCGUGUCUCCUCUACAGCGAAGCGCUACGCCGGUUCGUCUUAUACCAGUCACUACAGCUCCUAUGGCUCCUCCUUGACUCCAUCGCUUGGCUCAUAUGAGCGGGACAAGCUGCCCUAUAAGAGCUCCUCCUCAGGCUUCUCCUCCUCGUCCUCCAGCUACCUGAGCUCAAGUGCCAGCCGUUCCCGCAACUACAGCUCGUCGUCCGAGCCGGACCGGGGUCGCCCUAUCCCUCGCACUGAUUUGCUUGGUGGCCGACGCAGUGAGAGCCUGAGCCGCACUCCAGUAAAGGGCUAUGGCUCAGGCCUGAAUGGGGGCUCCGGAUACAGCAGCUACAGCUACACUCCGGCCCCCAGCAGCUACCUCUCCUCCUCGUCUGUAUCCUCCAGCAUCUCCCUCAGUCGCAGGAAGUCUGUGAGUCAGAGUGAUUUGACGCAUGAUCUGUCGGCUUUGGGCCUGAGCGAAACCUCUAGUGGCAGUGGCCUAAAGCAGUCCUACCUAAGCCGAGGCAGUGACGUAUCUGACUCCUACAGCAGCUCUCGCUCCAGCCUAGGCCUCUCACGGAGCUCCACACAGGAGGGGUUAGGCAGCAGUGGCCUGAAGAGCAGCAGCCGAUUCUCCUCCAGCUAUCGCUCCACCUCACCUGUCAGAGAGUCUCUGAACUCAAAGAGUGCCCAGGGCCUGGUCGGGCUUCGUAAUCUGGGAAAUACAUGUUUUAUGAACUCCAUCCUCCAGUGUCUUAGCAACACACAGAGCCUGCGAGACUACUGUCUUCACAACUCCCACCGCCGAGACCUCAACAACAACAACCGCACACACACUGCUCUCAUGGAAGAGUUUGCCAAGCUUAUCCAGACAAUGUGGACUUCCUCAAGCAGUGAAGCUGUCAGCCCCUCUGAGUUCAAAACGCAGAUUCAGAGAUACGCCCCCAGAUUUGUGGGCUAUAAUCAACAGGAUGCUCAGGAGUUUCUACGGUUCCUGCUUGACGGCUUGCACAAUGAAGUAAACAGGGUCACGGUCCGGCCACGGGGAAACACGGAAGACUUUGACCACUUGCCUGAUGAAGAAAAAGGGAAAAAGAUGUGGUCUAAGUAUUUAGAGAGGGAAGACAGCAAAAUUGUUGAUCUGUUCGUAGGCCAGCUAAAGAGCUCUCUGACCUGCAGUGAAUGCGGUUAUUGUUCCACUGUGUUCGAUCCCUUCUGGGAUCUUUCCUUGCCUAUCGCCAAGAAGGGCUAUGGAGAGGUGAGCCUAAUGGACUGCAUGCGGCUCUUUACAAAAGAAGACGUGCUUGAUGGGGACGAGAAGCCUACAUGUUACAGAUGCAAAGCCAGAAGACGAUGUACGAAGAAAUUUACGGUUCAGAAGUUUCCUAAAAUUUUAGUUCUUCAUCUGAAACGCUUCUCAGAAGCUCGCAUCCGAACCAGCAAACUGUCUACUUUUGUCAACUUCCCAAUGAAGGACCUGGACCUCAGGGAGUUUGCCUCUGACAGAAGCAGUAGUGCUGUGUAUAAUUUGUAUGCAGUGUCCAAUCACUCAGGCACGACUAUGGGAGGCCACUACACAGCAUACUGCUGCAAUCCUGAAAAUGGGGAAUGGUACACGUAUAAUGACUCCAGAGUCACGCCAAUGUCUGCCAGCCAAGUUCGCAGUAGCGACGCCUAUGUGCUGUUCUACGAGCGAGCUGGACUCUGAGGACGAACUGUGGACGGAGAUAAAGUGCAGGACUCGAGCCCACGGUCUGCAGACACAUUACACAUCACACUGCUUCCUCUGGGCCGUAAUGCAGAAUGAUCAUCGCUCUCUGCUGGCCAUGAGAGGAAGUGCACGCAAAGCUCUCACACUCCAGCAUUGUGUUAAAGAGGUGCCUUUGUGUGUGUGUGAAUAUAUCAGGGCGGCUCGUCAUCAGGCAAUAACCCGGCUCAGACUCGGUCUCUCUAUGCACUGCAACCAAACUCAUCCCGAUGCGCCUUCCUCUUGAUCAAGAACGCCUCAAUUAUACAUGUAUAAAAACAAACUUUCUUCACUUGAUUUUUGUUUUGGAUUCUCUUCAUGAUUUUAUUUUUUAAGUAUUCAGAGUCGAGGCGCCCCCUAGCGGGCAGCUAUGGAGUUACAGAGGUGCACUGUUACAGUACAGCUUGUUCUUUCACCACCAUCAUCAUCAUCAUCUUCCUCACCCGUCAUCAUGUUGUCAGUGUAUAUGCUUUGUUCUCUUCUCCAUGCUCUCUUUCUUCUCAACUUCCUGAGCGAGUCCCGGGAGUUUGUUGUGAAAGUCUGUGGUGGUGAGAGAACGGCGUGUGGCGUGACUUUUAUUCAGUGUGGCUGCUACUGAUCUCUGAAAUGCUGUGAAUGGAAAUGCAGAUAAGAGGAGAGAUGACGGUGAUGCUGACAGUAUACGGAUCCUUGAUCUCAUGCCAUUGAACAACAUGGAAAGAAUGUUUUGCAAAACAGAAAAAUCUGUAUAUUUUUAUAUAUGAUGCAAUAUAGAGAAUGUACUAUAUACAGUGGUGCUGCAAAUGACCCAUUACUGUUGCCGGUUUAUUUAACAGAGGUAAGAGAACAGCAUCUAUUUAUGCUUACAGGUCAGGAGAUAAUGUGAUGACGCACCGAGUCACACAGUGGCAGUCAGAGUAUAAAUAUAUAUAUAUAUAUGUAUCAAUAAAUUUUAGAAGAAUGAACGGUUUCAAUCCUCUCAUGAGAUUGUGUUUUGUCUUCGCUUGUCAGUUCAUAUGAGCUGUUAAAUGAAUUAAAAGAGUAUUUAAUUUUUGA